CGACAACUUCCUUGGCGCAGCGCCAUUUAACAACGAUCUUUUCAUCAUCAUUCAUCUCGAUUGCGAGCGGAGGCCGACUGUCACCCGAAUCGAGUCUUCGAAGGAGUUACCGAGCACGGCUUCUGAUUCGGCAGACAAUCAGAUGCCGUGCUAACCGUGUUCGACGCUUGACGUCUGCCUGUGCAACAAAGGGCUAUUGAACCUCGAUGAAACGAUAACAUAUCAUACUUUUGUUUCUUUCUGACGAUAUUAUCUCUGAUCCGCUUACAUCAGCCCCAGAGAAAUCUCAGUCUCAGAGCGAUACUCCGUAAAUGGCGCUGGAAUGUGUCGGGCAUGAUAGAUGUUUGUUCGGAUGCUCUCCAAUUUCCGGUACAUAAUUCAUCCGCUGCAACAAGCGACUGGUGAUAGGUCCAUGGAGAUAAGACAUAAGUAAUAAAGUCUGCUUGGUUUGCUGGCAAGAUGGGUUGGACCCUCUGGAAUCAAGCGCUUGGCAGGUUUCCACUUGAUGGUGGUUGACGUUUCCUGCCAGUGCCUGAAAGCCGUGUAAACGUCCUCGCCCACCUAAUAUUAGCGAUGGGCUGAACAUAAAGAGAACCCGGUGGGAACCCGGGUAGAUCGGGAUCGUCCGAACGGAAAGUCGGAUACGCCACGAGAAUCGUGAUACCGUGGGUUUCGGCUUCUGUCCACCACAACUUGAAUUUACCUGUGAAGAUGAGAGUCUACGGGAAUAUAUCUCCCGUGGAAAGAAAUCUAGCAGUUCUAAAGACGUCACCCUUUUAUCACCAGCAUUGCUCCAUAAUGUUGAACUACGGCAAAACCGGUAGACCUUGCCAGACUCGAGAUAGAGAGCGAUGAGACAAAUCCCUCACAAGGCCAUUCUCGAAGGAGCCUAGAACAGGACCCGCUGGACGAACCAUUGAUAGCCAUCAAUGUCCAAUCUCAUGUGAAACACCCGGUGGGACUACUAUGGAUGUCCAAUCCGUCGUGUAUCAUCUGUGGACUCGUGGGUGGCAGUGAUUGCCGAUACCCGUCAGUCCUCCUGUUGCCUACUCCGUACAGGGUCCGUACAUGGUCUUCCAGAAUGAUUGCCAAAGUACCCAACCAGUACUCCACCCGCGGCUGUUCGGCCCAGCAGAAGAUAAAAGCGAGUUAUAUAUCGCCUGCGCCGCUGCCAUGUAUAAUGGAUAAGCACCAGUUUCUCUAUUAUCUUUGGUCGUCCCUAUCGGAAUACAAAUGAGAAGCUCAUCAAAGGACUCCCAUAUCUUUCAACAACCUCUCACCAAAUAUGGAGAAGAGUGACUUCUCGGACGAACCUUUGCCGGCAAAGCCACCCGUGGCAGAAAUGAAAAGCUAUGAGACAUUGGCCAUCCCCAACACAGAGAUCAGAGAAGCUCCGAGCGCAGAAACCCUGACCACUCCUCACGAUGACAUCGCCCCUCCCUCCAGCAAAGAUACAGAAUGGAGUAUGACACUUCAAGUGAUUCGGAACCGGGAUCGUGACGCCGCGGCGGGCUUCAAGAAAAGGGAGCUCGGCGUGACUUGGAAGAAUCUGAGCGUGGAUGUUCUUGCGGCGGAAGCUGCAGUUAAUGAAAACCUAUUCUCCCAGUUCAACGUACCUCAACUCAUCAAAGACUUCCGCCGCAAACCUCCCCUGAAGUCUAUCCUGAAAGAAAGUCAUGGUUGUGUGAAACCAGGAGAGAUGCUUCUCGUACUGGGGCGUCCGGGAUCCGGGUGCACCACUCUUCUCAAAAUGCUGUCCAAUCGUCGUCAGGGCUAUCAUACCGUGACAGGCGACGUGCGGUUCGGCAAUAUGAGCCCUCAAGAAGCGGAUCAGUAUCGAGGCCAGAUCGUGAUGAAUACGGAAGAGGAGCUUUUCUAUCCCCGCCUAACUGUAGGCCAAACUAUGGAUUUCGCUUCGAAGCUAAAGGUUCCUUUUCACCUUCCGGAAGGUGUAAAGUCAGUGGAGGAAUAUACUGCCGAGACCAAACAAUUCCUUCUCGAGUCCAUGGGCAUUGCUCACACUGCCGAUACCAAGGUGGGAAAUGAGUUUGUCCGUGGUGUUUCCGGUGGUGAGCGCAAACGGGUGUCCAUCAUCGAAUGCAUGGCAACCAGAGGCUCAGUUUUCAGCUGGGACAACAGUACUCGGGGUCUUGAUGCGAGUACGGCGCUGGAAUGGGCCAAGGCGUUGCGAGCUAUGACGAACGUGCUAGGGCUUUCCACCAUCGUGACUUUAUACCAAGCAGGUAACGGUAUCUACAAUUUGUUUGAUAAAGUCCUGGUGCUCGAUGAAGGGAAACAGAUUUUCUAUGGUCCUGCAGCAGCAGCCAAGCCAUUCAUGGAGGGAUUGGGAUUUGUGUAUACCGAUGGAGCAAAUAUAGGUGAUUUCUUGACCGGUGUCACUGUCCCCACCGAGCGAAGAAUUAGGCCCGGAUACGAAAACACAUUCCCUCGAAACGCGGACGCGAUCCUCUCCGAAUACAAGAACUCUAUGGUCCACGAGCGCAUGACGUCGGAGUACGAUUAUCCCACGACUGAUAUAGCCCGCGAGCGAACAGAGGCAUUCAAGGAAUCGGUUGCCUUCGAGAAGUCCAACCACCUGCCUAAGAACAGCUCUCUCACCACGAGCUUCUGGAAGCAAGUCAUGGCAUGCACAAUGCGACAAUAUCAGAUCCUCUGGGGUGAAAAGUCAACUUUCUUGAUCAAGCAAUUCCUAUCGCUCGUCAUGGCUUUGAUAGCUGGGUCUUGUUUCUAUAACUCGCCGGCAACAUCCGCCGGUCUUUUCACCAAAGGCGGUGCUGUUUUCUUCUCUCUCUUAUACAACUGCAUUGUGGCCAUGUCAGAAGUCACCGAAUCUUUCAAAGGGCGACCGGUUUUGGUGAAACAUAAGUCCUUUGCUCUGUAUCAUCCUGCAGCUUUCUGCCUUGCCCAAAUUACUGCGGACUUCCCAGUGUUGCUAUUCCAGUGUACUAUCUUUGCUGUUGUGAUAUACUGGAUGGUCGGCUUGAAAGCCACUGCUGCUGCAUUCUUCACUUUUUGGAUUAUUCUCUUUUCAAUGACCCUGUGUAUCACGGCUCUUUUCAGAUGCAUCGGCGCCGCUUUCAGCACUUUCGAGGCCGCCUCAAAAAUAUCAGGCACAGCCGUUAAGGGCAUCGUCAUGUAUGCGGGCUACAUGAUCCCCAAACCCAAGAUCAAGAACUGGUUCCUGGAAUUGUAUUACACCAAUCCCAUGGCUUACGCAUUCCAAGCUGCUCUUUCGAAUGAAUUCCAUGGCCAGAACAUUCCGUGCGUUGGUAACAGCCUCAUCCCGCAUGGCGAGGGAUACGAUGGUGUCGAUUCUGCGAACAAAGCUUGCGCUGGGGUUGGCGGUGCUUUGCCGGGAGCAGACUACGUCACCGGCGACCAAUAUCUUUCUUCCCUACAUUAUAAGCAUUCGCAGCUUUGGCGGAACUUCGGAGUCGUAUGGGCAUGGUGGGGAUUGUUCGCCGUCAUUACUAUUGUCUGCACGACCUUCUGGAAUGCAGGGGCCGGUAGCGGUGCUUCACUUCUAAUUCCGCGCGAGAGGCUCAAGCAACAUCAGCAUGGAGCGGACGAAGAAUCGCAGGUUAAGGAAAAGGAGCAGAACAGACAGGGGGCGGUUGCCGACUCGUCUAGUGACGAUGAUAAUCUCACCCGCAACACGUCCAUAUUCACCUGGAAGAAUCUCUCAUAUACUGUCAAAACCCCGUCGGGUGAUCGCGUCUUGCUGGACAACAUCCACGGUUGGGUGAAACCGGGUAUGCUCGGAGCAUUGAUGGGCUCUUCGGGUGCCGGCAAGACGACACUGCUCGAUGUCCUUGCGCAGCGAAAGACCGAAGGCACGAUCAAUGGUUCUAUCAUGGUUGACGGACGCCCAUUGCCUGUUUCGUUCCAAAGAAUGGCCGGGUAUUGUGAGCAAUUGGAUGUCCAUGAGCCAUUUGCUACAGUUCGAGAAGCCCUAGAGUUUUCCGCCCUACUGCGUCAACCUCGGACCACCUCUAAAGAAGACAAACUGAAAUAUGUCGACACCAUUAUCAACCUAUUGGAGCUCCAUGAUCUUGCCGACACGCUGAUUGGUACCGUGGGAAACGGCCUUAGCGUGGAGCAAAGAAAGCGGGUGACGAUUGGCGUCGAACUUGUGUCCAAACCCAGCAUUCUCAUUUUCCUGGAUGAGCCGACUUCGGGAUUAGAUGGCCAGUCCGCAUACAACACUGUUCGGUUCCUUCGCAAAUUGGCUGAUGUUGGUCAAGCUGUGCUGGUGACCAUUCAUCAACCGUCUGCGCAGUUAUUCGCCCAGUUUGACACCUUACUGCUGUUGGCUCGCGGAGGAAAGACCGUUUACUUCGGCGACAUUGGGGAAAACGGCCAGACCAUCAAGAAUUAUUUCGGCAAGUAUGGCGCCCGUUGCCCGACUGAGGCGAACCCGGCCGAGUUUAUGAUUGACGUGGUCACGGGAGGUAUCGAGAGCGUCAAGGACAUGGACUGGCACAAAGUUUGGCUCGAUUCGGCUGAGCAUGGGGCAAUGGUGACCGAGCUUGACCGAUUGAUUUCAGAUUCCGCCUCCAGACCAUCUGGUACCGUUGAUGAUGGUCACGAAUUUUCCAUGUCCCUUUGGGAGCAGACCAAGAUUGUCACCAACCGCAUGAAUGUGGCAUUGUAUCGCAAUACCAACUAUGUCAACAACAAAUUUUCACUGCAUAUCAUCUCUGCCUUGCUGAACGGAUUUUCUUUCUGGAGAACCGGCCCGAGCGUGACGGCCUUGAACUUGAAGAUGUUCACUAUUUUUAACUUUGUCUUUGUCGCCCCCGGUGUGAUCAACCAGCUCCAGCCCUUGUUCAUCCAAAGGCGCGAUAUCUACGACACGCGGGAGAAGAAAUCCAAAAUGUAUUCAUGGGUUGCUUUCGUCACCGGUUUGAUCGUGUCCGAGUUCCCCUACCUUUGUGUGUGCGCCGUCCUUUAUUUCCUCUGUUGGUACUACUGCGUCAAGCUGCCCCAUGAUUCCAACAAAGCGGGUGCCACCUUCUUCAUCAUGCUCAUUUAUGAGUUCAUCUACACGGGCAUCGGGCAAUUCAUUGCCGCAUAUGCCCCGAAUCCCACCUUCGCCGCACUCGUCAACCCCCUCAUUAUCAGUACCCUGACGCUCUUCUGCGGUAUAUUCGUCCCAUACACUCAACUGAAUGUUUUCUGGAAGUACUGGAUGUAUUACCUGAACCCCUUCAACUACGUCGUUGCCGGAAUGCUCACCUUCGACAUGUGGGAUGCGAAAGUGACCUGCAACGAGGAAGAAUUUGCCCGAUUUGAUCCUAUCAAUGGGACGUGCGCGGAGUAUCUGAAGGACUAUAUCGCAGGUCCUGGCUGGAGCAUCAAUUUGACCAACCCGGAUGCCACGUCUGAUUGCCGGGUUUGUCAGUAUCGACGCGGCAGCGACUUUUUGAACACCCUCAACAUCAAUCAUUACUAUUAUGGUUGGCGGGAUGCCGCGAUUUCGGUGAUCUUUGCUAUUAGUGGGUAUGUUUUGGUUUUUGGGCUCAUGAAGCUGCGGACCAAGGCUUCUAAGAAGGCAGAGUAAGGGGAUGGUGUCUAUUCGAGAGGUGGCCUGGUGGAGGUGGAUGCAAUGUGCUCUUAGCGAGAGUUGUUCCUGUUUAGAUCGGAUAGACUGCGUAUAGAUUAUAGACCGAUUUUAUAUAGAAGAACAU